AUGGAAUUGAUAGAAGAAAAUUACCAGCAUUCUGCUGAAAGGCUAGACAAACCAUCACAGUAUUUGAUUAAAAAGGCCAUUCGAAGACAAAAUUUUGAAAACUUAACAAGGGCCCUUCACCUGAAGACUAUAUACGUAGGAAACUUGUCUCAUUUCACAACAGAGGAACAAAUACAUGAAUUAUUCCUGAAAUGUGGUCCAAUAGAUAGAAUAAUAAUGGGAUUGGAUCGAAACAAAUUAACCCCUUGUGGAUUCUGCUUCAUAAUCUACAAAUCGGAAGAUGGAUCUUUGAACGCAAUGAAAUACUUGAAGGGAACUUAUCUCGAUAGCCAAACUUUGGAAAUUGACCUAGAUCCUGGGUUCAGAGAAGGCAGACAAUUUGGAAGAGGUGUUUUUGGUGGACAAGUUAGCCAAGAGUCACAAAACAAUACCCAAAGAAGGCGAUUUGAAUACAGAGGCGGAUUUAGAGGACGAAGCAGAGGUAGGGGUAGAGGUACUUUCCGUGGACGAGGAAGUACAUUCAGAGGUAGAGGAAGAGGUGGAUUUAGAGGUAAUCUGGACUUCUCGAUCCAGAACCUGUCGGAUGCAACAUUUAAUGAUCAAACAUCAGUGAACAGUUCAGGGGAUAUGAAUACCGAGUGA